CAACAAACACGAGUGCGCCAUGCUGAAAUCUCAUUGGCCGAUCCCCGUGGUCUGACACAACAUCGCUAAUAAAUACAAAACCGCAAAAUUGUGCUUUUUAGUUUGCGUUCGCCCACGAACGGCAUUAGGUGCAAUAUUUACAAAAAAUUAUUAAUAAGGAACGGUGCUGUGUUAUUAAUACGUUUUUGUGAUAUUCAAUCAAUCACUUAUUAAGGAUAAUCUAUUUAUUUUUCAAGUAAUUUAAAAAAGCAUUAAAAAUGCCCGCUCGUGUGCCAGAUACGCAGAACGGUCACGCAAACCAAUGCACCGAAGAUGUGGUGAUCACCGGUAUCUCAGGUCGUCUGCCAGAGAGUCAAACCAUCGAGGAAUUCAAGCAACAACUCUUCGAUGGAGUGGAUCUGGUGACCGACGAUGAAAGAAGAUGGCCAUCCGGCCUCUACGGUUUGCCGACCCGUACCGGUAAAAUCAAGGAUAUCGCCCACUUCGAUGCCACUUUCUUCGGCGUGCACGCCAAACAGGCCCACGUUAUGGACCCCCAAUUGAGAAUGCUUUUGGAAUUGACACACGAAGCCAUCAUUGAUGCUGGUAUCAACCCCAACGAAGUGAAAGGAUCCAAGACCGGAGUUUUUAUUGGAGUUUCCGAUUCUGAAUCUUCCGAAUACUGGACCCAAGACCCAGAGCAAAUCAACGGCUACGGUCUUACUGGUUGUUGUCGUGCCAUGUUCCCUAACAGAAUCUCCUACACUUUCGAUUUCAGUGGUCCAAGUUACGCCAUUGACACGGCCUGCUCCAGCAGUCUUUUCGCUUUCCAACAAGCUGUAAAUGCAAUCAAAACCGGACAAUGUGACUCCGCUAUCGUUGGAGGUGUAAACCUACUUUUAAAACCCACCUCUUCCCUUCAAUUUCACCGUUUGAGUAUGUUGAGUCCUCAUGGUAUGUGCAAAGCAUUUGAUGCCUCCGGAAACGGUUACGUAAGAUCUGAAGCCGCUGUAGUAGUCUACCUACAAAAAGCUUCCGCUGCCAGACGUGUGUACGCCACUGUGUUGGGUGCCAAGACCAAUACUGAUGGUAACAAAGAACAAGGUAUCACCUUCCCAGCCGGAGGUAUGCAAAACAAACUGAUCAGGGAAGUUUAUGCUGAAAGCGGAGUAAACCCACAUGACGUUUCCUACGUCGAAGCUCACGGAACCGGUACCAAAGUAGGCGAUCCACAAGAAGUCAACUCAAUUGCCGAUUUCUUCUGCAAUAACCGCAAAGAACCACUUCUAAUUGGUUCUGUCAAAAGUAACAUGGGUCACUCCGAACCCGCUUCCGGUCUCUGCUCUUUGGCCAAAAUUGUUAUUGCCAUGGAAUCCGGAAAAAUUCCCGGAAAUCUUCACUUUAAAUCCCCUAACAAAGACAUUCCAGCAUUAAACGACGGAAGAUUGGAAGUUGUCUCCAAAAACAAAGAAUGGAAGGGAGGAAUAGUUGGAGUUAACUCUUUCGGUUUCGGUGGAGCCAACGCUCACAUCAUCUUGAAAUCCAACCCUAAACCAAAAACUACCUGGACUCCAUCUCCAUUACCAAGGGUUGUAAGCGUCUCUGGCCGUACCCAAGAAGCUGUUAACAACUUUUUGACCAAAGUCGAAGAAAACAAGAACGACCAAGAAUUCUUGGCUUUAAUCGAUGCAAUUCACAGCAAAAACAUCAACGGUCACUUCUACCGUGGUUACACCAUCUUGAACGAACAACCAACCAGAGAAGUUUCCGAAACUGCCCAUGAGAGACCAGUAUGGUACAUCUUCUCCGGAAUGGGAUCUCAAUGGCCUGGUAUGGCUAAAGACUUGAUGAACGUCGAAACAUUUAGGGAAUCCAUUAAAAAGAGCGCUGCCGCUCUUAAACCUCACGGAAUCAACCUGGAAGACAUAAUCGUGAAUGGAAAUGAAGCUACCUUCGACAAUGUAUUGAACUCAUUCAUUUCAAUCGCCGCCAUUCAAGUGGCCCUCACUGAUGUCUUAAGAGCCCUUGGAGUAGAACCUGAUGGUAUUGUAGGUCACUCCGUAGGAGAAGUUGGUUGUGCCUAUGCUGAUGGUACUUUGACCGGAGAACAAGCCGUUUUGGCUGCUUACAGCAGAGGUCGCGCUAUCUUGGAAAGUAAACUUGCCCCAGGUGCUAUGGCUGCCGUUGGUCUAUCAUGGGAAGAAACCAAAAAGAGGUGCCCACCAGAAAUUUUCCCUGCUUGUCACAACAGUGAAGACAGCGUCACCAUCUCUGGACCUCCAGCUGCUAUUGAAAAAUUCGUAGCCGAACUCACAGCCGAAAACAUCUUCGCCAAGGCCGUCAAGAGCUCAGGUACCGCUUUCCACAGCAAAUACAUUGCCGAAGCUGGUCCCAAACUAAGAAAAGCUUUAGAUGAAAUCAUUCCUAACCCAAAACCACGUACUUCAAGAUGGAUCUCCUCGUCAAUUCCAGAAUCUGCAUGGGGCACUCCAUUAGCUCAACAAAGCUCUGCCGCUUACCACGUAAACAACUUAUUGUCGCCUGUGUUGUUCCACGAAGCCCUUCAACAUGUCCCAGAAAAUGCAAUUGCCAUUGAAAUCGCCCCAACUGGUCUUUUGCAAGCUAUCCUUAAGAGGGCUUUAGGACCAAAGGCCACCAACAUUAGCUUGGUCAAGAGAGGACAUGAGGACAAUGUACAAUUCCUUCUUUCUGCCCUUGGAAAAUUCUAUAACGCUGGUGGACAACCAAAAUUGGGUAACAUGUAUAACUCUGUUAACUUCCCAGUCGGCAAAGGCACUCCUAUGUUGGCUUCCAUGAUUGAAUGGGAUCACUCCACCGAAUGGUCUGUUGCAAAUUUCUCUGGUAAGGGCAACAGAUCUGGUGAAUUGGUCGUUGAGAUUGAUUUGAGCAAAGAAGGUGAUCAAUAUCUUUCUGGACACGCUAUUGACGGGCGUAUUCUUUUCCCUGCUACCGGAUAUUUGACUUUGGUAUGGAAAACGUUUGCCAAAUUGCGCAACGAAGACUUCGAACAAUUGCCAGUAAUUCUUGAAAAUGUGCAAUUUCACCGUGCUACCAUUAUGCCAAAAGAAGGUUCCGUUAAAUUCCUUAUCAACAUCUUCGAAGGUACCGGAGAAUUCGAACUUUGCGAAGGUGGUUCAGUGGCUGUUUCUGGUAAAAUCUCUGUCCCAGAAGAUGUUACCAAAGAAGUCCUUAACUUGCAAAAACCAACUGUACCAACUGAGAAGGAUGUGUUGGCUUUAGACAAAGCUGACAUCUACAAGGAAUUGCGUCUCCGUGGCUACGAUUACGAAGGCAUCUUCAGAGGCAUUAGCGAAUCCGACAACAGAGGUUUGGCUGGUAAACUUCAAUGGGAAAACAACUGGAUCAGUUAUAUAGAUACCAUGCUCCAAUUCUCCAUCUUGGGACAAAACACCCGUGAACUUUACCUUCCAACUAGACUUCAAAGGGCCGUAAUCAACCCCAAAGAACAUCUUAAGUACAUGCAAGAAUCUGCUGAAGGAACUCCAGUAUACAUGUACCGUGACAUUGGAGUAAUCAAAUCCGGUGGUAUUGAACUUAGAGGCAUGAAAGCUAGUUUGGCACCUCGUAGACAGCAAACUCAAAACGCACCAAAAUUGGAAACCUACAAAUUCACUCCUUUCGAAAGCAACCAAGCCGUUAAGGAUGAUUCCGACAAAGCUAAGGUAAAUACUUUGACUGUACUCUUGCAAACCGUUUUGGAAAAUAGCUCUGGUGCUCUUAAACUAAAAGUAGCCGAAGUUUGUACCGACAAACCUGUUGAGGCAGCUUUAGCUCCUAUGGUCACUGACAUAUUGGAAAAAGAACCUAUGCUAUCUGUAGAAGCAAUUGUUGUAAGCUCUGCACCAGUUGAUAUGACCACCUUGGAACCUAUGGGAGUCAAGAACGUAGUACGUGAUGUAACCAACAACCCUGUUGAACAAAACUGCCACUUGGUUAUCUUGUCCGAUGCUCUUGCAUACAAGAAAGAAAACGUCAUCACCAACGCUGUCAACUCUCUUAAAACAGGAGGUUUUAUCCUCUUAGAAGAAGCCAAAGGCGCGGUUGAUGAAAAAUCCCUUGCCGCUCACGGUUUGGUAGUCGUUAGCAAACAAGUAACCGCCACCAAAGCUUACAUUCUUUUGCGUAAGCCCAUCGAAGUACAAUCUGAUGCUAUCGUCAUCCAAAUUACCGAAAACAAUUUCUCCUGGGUGGAACCUUUGAAGGAUGCGCUCAAACAAAGCGAAACCUCCGGAACCAAGAUCAUUAUUUACGUGCAAGGCGAACAACUUACUGGUCUUGUCGGUAUGGUCAACUGUUUGAAACAAGAACCUGGUGGUAAUAAUUUGAGAUCUGUCUACAUCCAAGACAGCAGCGCACCUAAAUUCUCACUUAACGCUUACGCCGAUGUUCUUAAAAAAGAUUUGGUACAAAAUGUCCUUAAAAACAAAGUAUGGGGUACCUACCGCCACACUCUUUUGGACAAUGCUACUGACAAAGGAACCCUGCAAGUCGAACAUGCCUACAUCAACACCCUUACUCGUGGUGACUUGGCCAGUCUUAAAUGGAUUGAAGGACCUUUGAGAUACUUCAAAGGUGCCAAAAAUACUGAACUUUGCCAAGUAUACUAUGCUCCCCUUAACUUCCGUGACAUUAUGUUAGCCACCGGAAAACUGCCACCAGAUGCUUUACCUGGCGAUCUUGCUGGACAAGAUUGUAUCCUUGGUUUGGAAUUCUCUGGUCGUGACACCAAGGGUAGAAGAGUAAUGGGUAUGGUUGCUGCCAGAAGUUUGGCCACCACCGUCUUGGCUGAUCCAGGUUUCUUGUGGGAAGUACCAGAAAAAUGGAGCUUGGAAGAAGCCGCUACCAUCCCUGUAGUAUACGGAACCAGUUACUACGCUUUGAUUGUCAGAGGUAGAAUGAAGCCUGGCGAAACUGUCUUGAUCCACGCCGGUACUGGUGGUGUAGGUCAAGCCUCCAUCGCUAUUGCCCUUCACAUGGGUUGCAAAGUUUUCACCACUUGUGGUAGCCAAGCCAAGAGAGAUUUCCUCAAGAAAACUUUCCCACAACUUACAGACAACAACAUUGGCAAUUCCCGUGACACCAGCUUCGAACAACUCAUCCUUUCCCAAACCAACGGCCGCGGUGUCGAUUUGGUAUUGAACUCUUUGGCCGCCCACCAAUUGCAAGCUUCCGUACGUUGUUUGGCCAUUGGAGGACGUUUCUUAGAAAUUGGUAAAGUUGACUUGUCUCAGAACUCCCCAUUGGGAAUGAGCGUAUUCUUGAAAAACACCACAUUCCACGGUAUUCUUCUUGAUGCUCUUUUCGACAGUGACACCCCCGAAAAGAAGGAAGUGAUGAAAUUGGUUACUGAAGGUAUUGCUAGCGGAGCCGUACGCCCUCUGCCUAAGACCGUUUACAGCGAAAACCAAGUUGAACAAGCUUUCCGUUUCAUGGCUUCUGGCAAGCACAUUGGUAAAGUUCUCUUGAAAAUUAGAGACGAAGAAAGCCGUCAAGCCAUGGUUCCUAAGAUGAAGACCGUACCGGCUAUUCCACGCACAUACAUGGACCCAGAAAAAAGCUACAUCCUUGUAGGAGGUCUUGGUGGUUUCGGUCUAGAACUGGCCAACUGGUUGAUCCUCAGAGGCGCCACCAAAAUUGUUCUUACUUCCAGAAGCGGCAUCAAAACAGGAUAUCAAUCUCUUUGCAUUAGAAGGUGGCGCGAAAAUGGCACCAAUGUGCUCGUAUCCACGGCUGACUCCACCACCGACAAAGGAGCCAAGAGAUUGAUGGAAGAAGCAAACCAACUAGGUCAAAUUGGCGGUAUCUUUAAUCUUGCUGUCGUACUUCGCGACGCCAUGAUGGAAAACCAAAGCGAAGCUGACUUCAAGACCGUGUGCAAACCCAAGGUCGAUGGCAGCAAACAAUUGGACGCAGCUUCCAGAGCCAUGGCCCCAAAUUUGGAUUACUUCGUCAACUUCUCUUCGGUUUCUUGCGGUCGCGGUAACGCCGGUCAAGCUAACUACGGUUUGGCCAAUUCCGCAAUGGAAAGAAUCGCUGAAGCUCGUCAAGACGCUGGAAUGCCUGGUGUGGCCAUCCAAUGGGGUGCUAUUGGUGAUGUGGGUCUUAUUUUGGAAACUAUGGGAGGAAACGACACUGAGGUCGGAGGUACUUUACCACAAAGAAUGUCAUCUUGCUUAACCACUAUCGAUGUGUUCCUACAACAACCCCACGCUGUCGUUGCCAGUAUGGUUCUUGCUGAGAAACGUAAGGCCGGAGGUGACGCCAACCAAGUCAGCCUUACUGAUGCCGUUGCUAAUAUCUUGGGUCUCAAGGACACAUCAAAUGUAUCCGCUAACGCAAGUUUGGCCGAUUUGGGUAUGGAUUCACUUAUGGGUGCCGAAAUCAAACAAACUUUGGAACGUAACUACGAUUUGGUAUUGAGCGCUCAAGAAAUCAGAGCUCUCACUUUCGGUCGCUUAAAUGAACUCAAUAGCGGAGCAGGCGCAUCCGAUUCCACAGCACCACAAGAUAACCAAGUACAAUACGACAAAUCCGUCGAAAUUAUGCCAAGCAAAAUCAUGGUACCAAUGGACAGUAAGAGUACCGAUGCCAAGAAAACUCCAGUUUUUAUUUUGCAUCCAAUCGAGGGAAAUGUUAGCGCUUUGAAAACUUUGGCUAAGAACAUCGAUGCCCCAGUCUACGGCCUUCAAUGCACAAGUAAUGCACCACUCAACACCAUUGCCGAAUUGGCUCAAUUCUACACCAAACACAUCAAAACCGUUCAACCUAAAGGCCCAUACAACCUAAUUGGUUACUCAUUCGGUGCCUGUGUCGCUUUUGAAAUGGGCGUCUUCUUGGAAGCCAACAAAGAACAAGUCAAACUUUUGCUUAUUGACGGUUCUCCAUCAUAUGUUUCAACUCACACCGGAAAGGCCAGACAAAAGAUGCAAAGCAACACUGUCGCUGAACAAAGCGAAGCUUUGGUAUAUUUCAUCCUUCAAUUCAAAGAUGUCGAUCAACAAAAGACUGUAUCUGAUCUGAUGGCCCUUAAGACUUGGGAGGAAAGAUUAGCAAUGUCCACGCAAAUUCUCGCAGGCGCUACACCAUUCCCAGCUGACCAACUUUCUGCUGCCGCUUCCAGCUUCUACUUCAAACUCGUAGCCGCUGACAAAUACAAGCCAAGCGCAUCAUUUAAUGGACAAGUUACUCUUGUAAAAGCCAGCGACAACUACGUUCAACUUGGGGAAGAUUAUGGACUCUCAGGCGUGUGCAAACAAAAAGUAGCCGUUCAAACCCUCAACGGAAACCAUCGCAGCAUCUUGCUGGGAGGAGUUGCCGAGAAGAUAGCGGAAAUUUUACACAACAAUUUACUUAAGGCUUAGAAUCUCUACUCAUCUUGGGUCUCCUAAUAAAUUAAGUGUAAAUAUGUUGUUAAAUUUGAUGUGUAAGGAUAGGUAAUUUAUUUUUUUAACUGACUUAAAUUAAGUUAUUAAACAAACUUUAUUUUUUUUAUGAUAGUUGUAUAGAACCAAAGACUUUAUUGUGACAAUUUGAAUACAAAGAGCUCUGGUGAUGGGGCAAGGUUUGUUGCUUGACUUUUGCUUCAUCGUCACAGUUAUGGAAAUAUAACAUAUAUCAAUUUGUAUAAAUAAAUGUAAAUAAUUUAAAAUGACAAAUAAUAAAACAUUAAAAAU